UUUGAACAACUAAAUCUUUAUUAUAAAUUCAGAAGACAUAAAUUCAUGACUGGAUCAUUUUGGCCAGAAAUUUAAUUUCAUUAAUCGGUACUCAGUGAUCAAACAUAAGAAGGUGACUGCAGUCCUUCAUAAACAGCCUGCAGUCUUCUGCUCUGUGAAUGUGAAACUCUGAGCAUUCGGACUGGAGAGAACAACAACAGUAAAAUAAAAUGGCUUCUAAGUUCUCAGAGAAGGAUUUCUCCUGUCCUGUGUGCUAUGAAAUCUUCAAGGAUCCUCUUGUUCUGCAUUGCAGUCACAGUGUGUGUAAAGAGUGUUUGCAGCAGUUCUGGAAGACCAAAAGAUCCAAAGAAUGUCCUGUUUGUAGGACAAAGUCAUCUCGAGAUAAACCUCCCAGAAAUUUGGUCUUAAAGAACCUGUGUGAGACAUUCUUACUGGAAAGAAGUCUGAGAUCUUCAUCAGGGUCUGAAACAGUCUGCAGUCUGCACGGUGAGACACUCAAACUCUUCUGUCUGGACGAUCAACAGCCAGUGUGUUUGGUGUGUCGGGAUUCAAGAACACACACCAACCACAAAUUCUGCCUCAUUGAUGAGAAAGUGACAGACUGUAAGGAGGAGCUCAAAACUGCACUGAAGGCCCUACAGGAAAAACUAAAGAUCUUUGCAGACUGUAAACUAAUCUGGAGUCAGACUGCAGAACAUAUAAAGAUUCAGACCCAACACACAGAGCGUCAGAUUAAGGAGCAGUUUGAGAAACUUCACCAGUUUCUACGAGAUGAAGAGGCAGUCAGGAUCACAGCACUGAGAGAGGAAGAGGAGCAGAAGAGUCAGAUGAUGAAGGAGAAGAAUGAGAAGCUGAGCAGAGACAUAUCAUCUGUUUCAGACACAAUCAGAGCCAUAGAAGAGGGGAUGAGAGCUGAAGACGUCCUGUUCUUACAAAACUACAAGGCCACAGUGAAAAGAGCCCAGUGCACACUGCAGCAUCCAGAGGAGCUUUCAGGAGCACUGAUCCAUGUGGCAAAUCAUCUGGCCAACCUGAAGUUCAGUGUCUGGGAGAAGAUGCAGAACAUUGUCCAAUACACACCUGUAACUCUGGACCCCAACACUGUUCAUCCUAAUCUCAUUGUAUCUGAUGAUUUGACCAGUGUGAGAUUCAGUGAUGAAGAACAGAAACUUCCUGAUAAUCCAGAGAGAUUUGAUAACUGGAAAUGUAUCAUGGGCUCUGAGGGCUUUAACUCAGGGACACACUGCUGGGAUGUUGAUGUUGGAGACUGUACAUGCUGGUUAGUGGGUGUAAUGAAAGAAUCUGCUCAGAGGAAGGGGGAGAUAACCUCCAGAAGUGGAAUCUGGGUUGUGCGGUAUUAUGAAGGUACAUAUAUUGCAGGUUCUACAGCACAGACAUUCACUCUCCUCUCAGUAGAACAGAAACUCCAGAGGAUCAGAGUGAAACUGGAUUGGGACAGAGGAAAGCUGUCAUUCUACAACCCUCUCACUAACACACACAUGCACACUUUUACACACACAUUUACUGACAAAUUACUGCCAUUAAUUUUUUGUUUUGGUAAUGAAACUCCUCUAAAGAUUGUCCCACUUCAGUGCUCCAUAAGAGUGAAUCAGAUCUGUUAGAGCUCAUAUUCUUUUAUUUCCAUUUAUGAAUGAAAUAUUGCAGAUUAAAAGAUUCAGAUUCUUGCGAAAGUGUGUUAAAAGUUGAAAGCACUCAUAAGUCCAUAACGUUUUUUUUCCUUCUUUUUUUUUUAAAGCCAUUAAUCUAGCUACCUGAUAAGUAGCUUUUUAAAAGCAAAGAACAUCUUUAUAAAUUUGACCCAGUUAGUAUUAGUAAUAACGUUGUACUUGAUUUUAACUCAGAUGGACAUACUAAUAAAGUUUUGUGUGAAUAUUUUCUAGAAGAAUCUGUUAGUGUGUUGGUUGCGUUUGUUGUUGUUGUUGUUGUUGUUGUUUUUAAAAAACUUUAUUGCAAACAAAACAAGAACAACUAAAUGCAAAACAACUUACUCAGGGAGGAUAAAGGUAACUACGAAUAACAACAGGUAAACAAACACACAUACAUGCUCACAAACACCCCCCCCACACACACACACAUAAACUACAACAAAAACUAAAAAUGUAUAUAAAUACUAUAAAAUUCUCACAGCCUUUGAUUAAAAAAACAAUAACUCAAUAGAAUAUAUUCUUUCAAAAUAUUUACCAAUGUCAUUUUCAAAUACAACAAAGAGGGGUAUACUAUUAUUACAUUUAUUUUUAUAAUAAGAAACUUAGCAAUUAUAAUAAGUUUAUUAACUUUAUUAUAAAAUAUUAAUAAUUUUCCAUCUUGUAGUUGUUAUGGGUUACUGGGAUAGUUCCCUGCUAGACCACCAGAGGGAGUGCUGGCAGGAGUUUAUUCUCGAGACUACCACAGAGAUCUGGGUUCAAGCCCCAAGUCAGGGGGCAUCUCCUUUUACUGUUGCUCCUGAAUGUGCCCAAAACAAAACGGAAGCUUAGAGGGGUCCGUGCCUUUACUGUAGUAGCUCUUAAAAUGUGGAAUGAUUUGCCACUACCCAUUAGACAGGCCUCUUCUUUGUCUUCUUUUAAGUUGCUUCUUUAAACCCACCAUUUCUCCUUGGCCUGAUUUUGACAUUUUGUUUCUUAAUUUGUUUUCUUGUUUUUAUGUCUUGUAUGAGUUGGGUAUUUUAUGAUUAUAUAUUCUUCUGUACAGCACUUUGGUCAACUUUGGUUGUUUUUAAAGUGCUUUAUAAAUAAAGUUUGAUUGAUUGAUUGAUUACAGUAGUCAAAGAAACCAAAACAUUGUAUUUGAAAGAAAAGCAAAACUCAGGAAAGAACCUUUGGAUCAAAAGAAGCAUAUCUGAAUAAAAUGUAUUUUAAAAGUCCAAAACAAAUGCACAAUUGUUUCUGGAGCAGAGUUACAGAAACAGCAGGUGGUAUUAAUGUCCUUUUUAAAUCUCAGGGAAAUAAAGGAUUUGACAGGAGAAUAGAGAAAAGAGAGAGAACAGUAGAAGAACAGGUUUAAGUCAUACAGAAGAGAAAAUGUUGAUAGGUUGAUAGGCCAUCGAUGAACAUGAGCGAGACUUUAAGUCACGAAAACCACUUUUGAUUGCGCCCGAAGUCACAGUAAAUCAGGCUGUUGUUGCCGAAAAGCCCGUCAGCUCGCAGGUAGCAACAGGAUACGAAAGUGUAGGUGUAUCCUCUGCAGCGUGCACUGCAAGCCCACACCCUAAAACGGGCGAAGCUGCAGAAUCCGGCGCCUUAGAGCGUGUGUUGAAGAUGUUAGAAAAGGUGUUAGAGCGCACAACCCCUUCGGUUUCAGAACCAAAGCCUCGUACGUCACCGUGGUAUCGAGCAUCCCCGUGUGCAGUGUGCGGGGACCGAUCUCAUUCAACCCGUUCACACUGCAUGAGAGAAAGAAGAUGCCUUGAUUGUCUAGAGGUUGGACAUCAACGUAAGCAGUGUCGCAGGUCUGUUGGCGAGGGUGUGGGCCUGAACGGUGAAAGUCAGGGAAACUAGACCACUCACACGGGGGAGAGGGCAGUGUGAGUGUUGAGAGUCAGCCUCUCACCAGUGAAGAUGAUCUGAUGGUCAUCUAUAGCAACCAUUGUCGGGUUGAGUCAGGUGGUAGUGUCGUUUUGUUCCAAAAUAUUGCGAAGUUAGAAAAAGCUGAUAGUUUGUUUUACACCGAUGUGUUGGUGAAUGAUACGGUUGCUUGCCGAGGCUUGUUAGACACUGGUUCUAUGGCAUGUACAAUUAAUGAAGAAACUGAGAGCAGGCUACUGGAUGCAUGCGGUAUUCUUGAGCCUGUACAACCCCAUACCGAUGUUUUACUCGUAGGGUGUGGUGGUGUUCGGGUCAAGCCCAAGUGUAUCCAUCGGCUAAAGAUGUGCGUGUAUGGGUAUUCAGUCUUGGUGCCCACCUUAGUUGUACCAGGCCAAAAAGACCAGUUGACAGUUGAUUGUUGGUACUAAUGUCAUCAAGUAUGUUCUAAGUCAACUCAGGCAGUCUGAAAGUUAUUGGCGUGUUCUGUACCAGCCAAACUCAACAGGAGAACCAGAGAUCCAGAGGUUUUUGUGUAUGCUGUCGGGGCAUGACAGAUGGGAAGGUGGUAACAUCCCAAACGUUGUCGGUACCGCAAAGCUCACUCAAGCCGUCACGCUUCUACCUCAGCAGGAGCACCUUGUGUGGGGUCGACUCCCGACCAGUUCCAUAAUCUCUGUGGGUAGUGCCGUACUAGUUGAACCACCCAGGGCACAAACUCAUAAAAAAGGUGUUCUCAUCAGGCGUGUUAUAGCCACAUUGCCUGGAGACAGAUGGGUGCCGAUCAAGUUGAUUAACCCAUCCGAUAAACCGGUCACUUUGAGACGCAACACUAAAAUAGCAGAUGUAUCUUCUGUCCUAGCAGUCGAAGACCUGGACGUGCAGCCCAAUCGUGACGAGGGGAGCACUGUGAACACGCAAGACCAAAUUGUCUCCUCUAGCGCGGACGCUGGGGUUAGCUCUCAAACUGGUAUUCGCGAUGCACUGCAGGAGCUUGGUCUUAGUGAUCUUGACAUAGAGUCCUGCGAGGUGACUCCGUAUUGGAAAGACCAGCUUUUGCAGUUGAUUCAGAAGCAUCAAGAUGUGUUUUCUAAACAUAAGCUAGACUGCGGUAAGGCCAAAGAGUUUGUCCACAGGAUUCAUCUGUCUGAUGAUCGACCGUUUCGACUUCCAUAUCGACGCGUUCCUCCGGCUCAGUAUCAGACACUGAGAAAAGUGCUCUCAGAGAUGGAAGAGCAAGAGAUUCACUAAAGUCUUGUAGUGAAUGGGCGUCUCCGCUGGAAGAAAAGUGGUGAUCUUCGUGUUUGUGUUGAUUACCGCUGGCUUAAUGCCCGGACCAUCAAGGAUGCUCAUCCCUUACCUCACCAAGCAGACUGCUUGGCAGCCUUGGGCGGAAAUACAAUCUUUAGCGCGAUGGAUCUCACCUCAGGUUUUUAUAAUAUU